GAAAUAAAUACGUGUCAUUAUUUACAUUAUUUUAUCUUUUUCGUUAUUUUGUUGUUCCUUUUAUUGAUCUCUUCUUCCAUUACAAGAAAAACAGCAAUAGUCACAUUACUAACAACAGUAACAACAUUCGCCUCAACAACGUUUAAUAGCUAACAACAGGAUCAUCAUGGACUCAACUAACACGAUCACCACCAUCAAUCAGCUAACGCCGGAUAUUUUACUUCACAUUACAGAAUACCUUGAUAUCAAGUCCGUUUUUGCUCUGUCCAUGUCGUGUAAAAGUUUGUCCAGUUUAAUUAGCGAUGAACGGGUGCUACGCCGACUGGUUAAAAGCGACUACAAGAUCACGUACAAAGAUCCAUCAUUGACGUGGCGUCAACUUUAUCAGCAACUGCAACGCCAUCAAAUCAGUCUGUGUCCUCAUUUGGGUGCUAUCCCUAAUGAACUAGCUAAAAGUAAACAACAAUUAUCAGCAAACCAUCUUCAACAACCAUCACCAUGUGAUUCUUGUCAAAUAAACAAGGUCACUUUCCUCAGUCUUCAUCCCGCCUCUGACAAACAAGUUUGCCGUUCUUGUGCUAGUAAAGAAGAAGGACCGUCUGCUGUACAAUAUAAUCUAGAUACUCAGUCACUCUACUGUUUCAAAUGUUCUCGUCAGGUGGGUGGUGAUGGUACCAACGAAAAUGAAAAAUACAAAGCAAGCAUCACCUUGGAUCAACUAAAGGUCGAACCAGUGUCAUCCACUCCUUCUGAUGUCACCAAAGGCACAACAACAGAUACAACUAUAGCAAUAACGAACCAUCAUGACCAACAAGAACAAGAGAAUUUGGAUCAACGACGAAAGACAGAACAAAUGCUGUAUGUACAAGAACUAAGGCAAGAAGAUAUGUCUUUGAAACAUUAUUUGGUGGAAAAAUCUUGGGGAAGAGCUUGGAUGUUAUUUAGAACUCGGGAAGGAUCUCCAGCACCAGGUCAAAUCACGAACAACAAAUUAACACGAAGCAAUGGUACUCUGGAUCCCAACAUUCGUAUCCCUAUAGACAAAUAUCGCCCUUCACCUGAAACUCAUGCUGAUAUAGUGAGUCAAAAUCUUUGGUCCUAUUUGGAGAAAACAUAUGGUGUCCAAGGAAAAGCUUACUCUGAAGAUGAUCUCCAAGGGCCAGAAUAUGCAAGAUUACGGAUGUGUGUAGAUGAUUUUAAACGUAGUAUUGAACUUUACCCCUGAUCAUAUUUCCCCAAAUACCUUUCUUUGUUUUGUUUUGUACAGUAGUUAGUUGGUUGGUAUUUUUUUCGGAUUAGUCUUUGU